UUCAAAAUGGCGGCUGCUUUGACUUCGCGAUUUUACCGUUUUUUUUCCAUAAAUUCUUUACCAAUUAGAGCAAUUUCUACAAGUAAAGCCCAUUUUACGGGCGGAAAGAUUCUUUCUUUCGAUGAUGAACGCGUUAGAGCGAUACUUAAGAGGCUAACAGGCUGUGAAGUGGAAAAAGUUCUGUCAAGGCGUCCACAAGAUGUUUCUGUACCCACUUAUAAAAUUAUGACAAACGAAGAAUUAUUAGAGGCGGAGAAAGAAACCAAAGCCAGGGCUGAAGAAUUACUGGAUAUGCCACCAGUGAUGGAAGAAAGACAGGAGAUAGAUGAGGUUAUCGAUAUUGAUGAACGGCUUUCUGGCUAUGACACUGCAAAUUAUGUCUUUACCGAUAUCAGUACCAGUGUGGAUGAUAGGACUCGUAGAAUAGUUGUUAGAGAACCAAGUGGGCGAUUAAGAGCGGCAACAUGGGCAGAAAGGGAUGCAUCAAACUUUAUCUAUUUUCCUAAAGAGGGUCGUAAAUGGGAGACCCCUGAGAUGCUGACAGAAUCAGGAAUUCAGGUUCCACUAUCACAAAACAGACAUGAAGAUAUUCUGGAUUUGGUCUGUGUACAAUUUGAACCAGACACUGCAGAUUAUAUAAGAGUUCAUGACACAAUUUAUGAUAACAUCAAUAAGGAAAAUAAGUUUGAGCUUCUAUGGUCAACUCGGCACUUUGGUGGUCUUGUAUAUUAUCUCAUGAAACACAAAAAUCUGGGCAAUUUGUUGGAUUACUUUACAGAAAAUGAAUACUUUGAUGAGGCUGUAGAUCUUAUCAACUUUCACCAUCUGGUAUAUCCUGAUCAUGUGACUGCGACGCAAGCAAAGUCUUCCAAAUUGAGUGGAAUUCAAAUGUUAAGGGCUUACUUGAAAAGAGAAGGCCCUCUCUCUUCUUUACAGACUGUAGAAGAGCAAUUUUUCAAGGACAAUAAUAGCUCAAAAUCUGGCCUUUCAUCAUAAUAAUGAUCCUGAAGGCUAGUCAAAGCUUUAUGAACAUCCAUCAAGAUAUGGUAGAGCCAUUUCAAAGUUUGGCAGUAAAAAGCAAGACCAAGCUCAGGUAACUCAGGUUUAGUCCACAGGAAGCCCAUUUCAGGUAAAAGUGAUGGACUAUUUCUACACAGGAAACAAUCCUUGAAAUAUAGGGGAAUUGAGAUAAAACACUAUAGAGAGGUCAAAGGUAAAAUAGUCAUAAUGCACUCAUCUAUCACCUUUGAGGUCUUUUCUUGAACUGUGCAUCACAUUUUAGUAGAGUUUGUUUGUUCUCCAUCUUGAUUCAAGGGCUUUUUCUCUGGUUUCUCGGGUUUUUCUCCCUUCAAUAAUUUUUGAAAUGUUAAUGAAAUUUAAAAAGAGUUUUAAAAAAUUGGAAAAAACAGAACUAAACAAAGGAUCUUCUACAUCCUUUGUUACAGAAUUGUUGUUUUAUUUAUUAGGGAAUGAGACAAUGCCUCUCACAGAUUACAAGCAGUCCCUGUCAUUAGUGUGUUUUCAGAGUCGUAACCACCGGUA